AGAAAAGAAUUAAAAACACGGGGAGCGCUUACACGUUCGCGACUUGAGCUUCCCUCUGCAAGGACACUCGAGGCGCGGGCGGGCUGCUUACGGCCUUGCCACCCACCCCGGCCAGUAGGGGAAACAAUUAAGUCAAUAAAGCAGUAUCUUAAGAUAUUGUUAAACCAGAGUAGGUGGUGGCCUUAAAGAGACAGGCGGAUGUGCCCACUUCAUAUUAAUGUUACGUGAAGGCAGUGUCAAAGCUGUCGUUAGCUUCUCUGCAGCUAAGUGCUAACACGGCACUAAAUCAUCUAGCAUUCCAGUCAAAAGUCGAUUUACACCGGGCUAUUCUGAUUCAAAUUGACCCCGUGUUAGCCAGUGUUCGCAUAACCACACUGGAUUUAUGUAGAGGUGAUGGGAUGUGGCUAAGUGUUAGCCCCGUUAGCAAUUUACUACAUCCAGGCUAAUCGUUCAGCGUAGAGUUCAACGGUCAAGGUUAGCCAACCACCCAGAAAGCGUAGCCUAACAAGGCGUGCUAACAACAAAGAAUGACAGUUGACCAAAAGGUGACUUUUACGGCACAUUGUUCCUCAUUUGGAUACCAUUUGAGUUUCUGUUUUCACUCAAGAAAGUUUCAGUGGGUGGGAGUACAUAAAAUUAUGUAUUUAGAGUGUCUCAACUGAGAGAUUCAGUAUGAGGCAGUGGUAAACACGUCUGCCUACGCAGGGUUCGAAUCUCCAGCCUCUGUGAUGUAGACCGAUGUGAACUCAAUUAUUUUUUUCGUCAUGUUAUUGUGUAUUAUAAUAGUUCAAAUCAAUUACUUAUUUAAAUGCUUUAUGUCCUCCUUCACCAAUUUAUUUGCUUAAUAUUAUUGAGGAUAAAGCGGCAUGGAAAAGGAAUGAAUGAAUGAAUGAAUAUUCAUUAACUUGUACAGUGUUUCUAUUGCACUGGCUAUAAGAGCUGUUGUCCUGUUUCAAUUGUUUUGUGCCUUUUGCCCAAUGAUAAUAAAGGAAUUCUGAUUCUUAUUUUUAGUCUUGCAAAGGAGCCCCUGUCAAAUCCCCUCACAUUACAUUCAUGCAUACAGUGAUCCCUCGUUUUUCGCGAUUAACGGGGACCAGAACCCGUCGCGAGAAGUGGAAAAACCCAUUGUGUGUUCAAUGUAUUUAUUCAGAUUUAGCAUGGGAAGGAGAUACAUAUAAUUAGGGUUUGGCAUGGUUUGAAAUUGAACGGGUCCGAUUCAGAUUCCAAUUUUCGAUUCCGGUUCCGAACGAUUCUCGAUUCUGAUUCUUUUAAGAGGCAGCGUCAAAAAAAUUGCAUAGUUUAUAUUAAGGACUUCUUGAUGAUUUUUUAAAAAUUAUAUGAAUUUCUCAAAUGGCUAUUUUUAAAUUGUAUAUAAAUAUCAGUCUUUGAACCUGAGCAGUUUUUUUCCGCUCGGCGGUCAGGGCAUCGAAACAUGGAAUCGAAAUUUAAAAAUUCGAAAGGUUCUAGGAGCAUUGGAGUGUUAGAACCGGUUCCCAUUGAUGCUCGAUGCCCAACCUUGCAUAUAAGACAUGCUUCUUCACUUUUUCCCCAAAGCAUAAUUUAAAAAAUUAUAUGUAUACAUACAGUGCCCUCCAUAAUUAUUGGCACCCGUGAAAAAGAUGUGUUUUUUAACUUCUAAUAAUUUUUUAAAAUUCAAAAAAUAUGGGACCCUAAUGGAAAAAUGGAGAAAAAUCCAACCUUCAAUACAAGUGUAUUCAUUCAGUGGGGAAAAAAUCCCACAUAAAGAAAAAAAUAUUUGACAUCAAAUAAUCUGUGUCACAAUUAUUAGCACCCCUGGUGUUAAUACUUUGUACAACCCCCUUUUACCAACAAAACAAGGGCUGGCGACUGAGAUGGCCGUGGGAGGAGCUUGAUUUUGUGUCUGGUGAACCAUUUCUGUGUAGAUUUGGCCAUAUGUUUAGGGUCAUUGUCUUGCUGAAAGACCCAGUGGCGACCCAUCUUCAGCUUUCGGGCAGAGGGCAACAAAUUUUGAUUUAAAAUGUCCUGGUAUUUCAAAGCAUUCAUGAUGCCAUGCACCCUAACAAGGUUCCCAGGGCCUUUGGAAGCGAAACAGCCCCACAGCAUCACUGACCCACCCCACCCCCAUCUGACCAAAGCACACGGUCCCAGUUGAAGCCUGAGCGAGUCGACUCAAAUCCGCUCGGAGCUGCCCACUUGAGUUGCCAUAGCAACUGUUAAAUGAUGAUUGACGCAUGCGGCGCUUCAGAAGAUCGUGACACUGACAAGAGCAAACACAACUGUCAAUCAUCGUUAACUUGAACAACUCAGUGCACGUGCACUGCCUCCCUGAUUAACAAAGGGAAGGGAGAGGGAGACUGCACGAUCGGCUCGGGACAGCUCAUCUGUAUUUUUAAUUCUUUUUUAUUGGAAAAAAAUCUGCGAUGGACUGAGGGCGCAAGUUUGAAGCGCGAAGUAGUGAGGGAUCACUGUACACAAAACCAAACGGUUAAUACAACAAUUGUUUUUUAAAUGGUGGACAAAGAAAAACUCUAAUUUACUAGGGUUCUGCGUCUCAAAAUCCUGCAAUCACGGAUAAUGACAGCACUUACAGAGGAGUAAAAGUCCCUGCCCAGACCGGGUGGGUGGGGCGAAUUUGGGCCGUAUGGCAUCAGGGCAAGGUGGGCGGCCCAUGCCAGCCGGGGCGGUUGCGGGCUCGUCGGGUCUGGCUAAACCGCUCUACCUGCAACGUUUGGAGCGUUCCCUGAGGCUGGACAGCUUCUUGCACCAAACGUCUGCCAUUUUCAACCAAGACAUCACCAGUGAUGACAGUGACGACAGUGAUGGCGCUCUGGGCUCCAGCCUCUCCAUUGAACCUUUGACGGUGAAGAGGGAGCCCUCUGACCAAGAGGACGCCUUUGCUGAAAGCAAGCCCCUUAAUGGCGUUCUUCUGCCAGACCAAAAGACAGACAAAGCAAACCUGUACAAUUUCUCUAAAAUGAAGAAGAACCGGAAAUGGUUGAAGAGCUUGUUGUUGAGCGACAACACUACCGACUCAGACACAGACUCGGACGACUCGGACUUCAGUUUGUCACGCGACGAGUUGCACGACAUGCUGAGGUUGCACCGCUACACCAGGCAACAUCAGAGCAAGUUUCACACAGACCGUGAGCUUCAGCAGUAUCAGUUCUACAGCACGGGCCUACUUUCCAGUCAAGACCUCUUCUAUGAGCAACAGCGCCACUUCCUGGGUCCGAAGAAGAAGAAAAUCAAAGAGGAGAAAAAAUUCAAGGCCAAGCUGAAGAAAGUGAAGAAGAAAAAGAAACGUGGCGACGGCGAAUUUUCAGAUGAGGGCAUUCCUUACAUUGCCAAGACCUUUGCCAAGUUCUCCCAGGAUGCACCGGCGCCCAUGAUGAAGAAGAAGCAUCUAAGCGUGGAGCAGCUGAACGCGCGCCGACGCAAGGUGUGGCUCACCAUUGCGAAGAAGGAGAUCCCCAAGUCCUUCAAGCAGAAAACAUCUGCUAAGAACCUGGUGUUGACCAAUGCUAAAAAGUUGGCCCACCAGUGCAUGCGAGAAGUAAGACGCGCAGCCAUCCAGGCGCAAAAAAACUGCAAGGAGACGCUGCCUCGUGCCCGGCGCCUCACCAAGGAGAUGAUGCUCUACUGGAAAAAGUACGACAAGGUGGAGAAAGAGCACAGGAAGCGAGCAGAGAAAGAGGCGCUGGAGCAACGUAAACUGGACGAGGAGAUGAAGGAGGCCAAGCGUCAGCAACGUAAGCUCAACUUCCUCAUCACGCAGACAGAGCUCUACGCUCACUUCAUGAGCGGGAAAGCCUCCGAAGGCUCGCCAGGGGGCGAUGAUGCUCAAGAGGAGAUUCUAAAAAAGCUGGAUGACACCAGCUCACGACGGCAGAUCGACAUCGGGGGCGGCGUGAUGGUCAACGUAGGACAGGAGGACUAUGAUAGUGAAUACUACAAGUCUCAGGCCCUGAGGAACGCACAGGAGGCCUACCAUAUCCAUCAGCAGAGAACGCGUAUGUUCGAUGAAGACUCCCACGACAGUCGCUGCGCGUCCUCCUCUGCGGCCGCCGCUUCAGGAUUUGGCGAAAGCUACAGUCUGUCCAAUCCGUCUAUCCAAGCCGGAGAGGACAUCCCGCAGCCUACAAUCUUCAACGGCAAGCUUAAGGGCUACCAGCUUAAAGGCAUGAACUGGCUAGCCAACCUCUAUGAACAAGGUAUUAAUGGCAUCCUAGCAGAUGAGAUGGGGCUUGGGAAAACUGUCCAGAGUAUCGCCCUGUUGGCCCACCUGGCAGAGAGAGACAACAUCUGGGGUCCCUUUCUCAUCAUCUCUCCCGCAUCCACGCUUAACAAUUGGCAUCAGGAGUUCUCCCGCUUUGUGCCCAAAUUCAAGGUGUUGCCGUAUUGGGGUAACCCUCAUGAUCGCAAAGUUAUUCGUAAAUUCUGGAGUCAGAAGACGCUCUACACUCAAAACGCACCGUUCCACGUGGUGAUCACCAGCUACCAGCUGGUGGUCCAGGAUGUCAAGUACUUCCAGAGGGUCAAGUGGCAAUACAUGGUUCUGGAUGAAGCUCAGGCAUUGAAAAGCAGUACAAGUGUGAGGUGGAAGAUCCUUCUGCAGUUCCAGUGUCGGAACAGGCUGCUCCUCACAGGGACGCCUAUCCAAAACACAAUGGCAGAGCUGUGGGCCCUGCUUCACUUCAUCAUGCCCACAUUGUUCGAUUCUCACGAGGAGUUCAACGAGUGGUUUUCCAAGGACAUCGAGAGUCACGCCGAAAACAAGUCGGCCAUCGAUGAGAACCAACUUUCACGACUGCACAUGAUCCUCAAGCCUUUCAUGCUACGCAGGAUCAAGAAGGAUGUGGAGAACGAGCUCUCAGAUAAGAUCGAGAUCCUGACAUACUGUCAGUUGACGUCUCGGCAGAGGUUGCUUUACCAGGCUCUGAGGAACAAGAUCUCCAUUGAGGACCUGCUGCAGUCUUCCAUGGGCACGGCCCAGCAGUCCCACAGCACCACGUCGUCGCUCAUGAAUUUGGUCAUGCAAUUCAGGAAGGUGUGCAAUCACCCUGACUUGUUCGAGCGCCAGGAGACACGCUCUCCUUUCCACAUGUCCCUCAUGCCAUACGCCUUGUCCAAGUUUCUUUACCGUCAUGGCCUCCUUCAUACUCACAAUCAGGCCAUAAACAAGUCACUGCGAGUGCUGCUGUCUCCCUUUUCCCCAAAUCACAUUCAACAGUCGCUCUUUCACAGGAAAGGUGACGACAAAGGAAACUGUUUUUCCUUCCUGCGCUUCAUUGAUGUGUCGCCGGCCGAGAUGUCCAACCUUAUGCUACAAGGCACUUUAGUCAGGUGGUUAGCCCUUUUUCUGUCCCUGAAGGCGGCGUACCGGCUUCAUUGUCAGCGGCUGUUUUCCCUCCAGGAAGAAGGCGGCGGAGAGGAGCGGGGUACGUCGCGGUCCAGGAGUCUGUCUCGCAAAGACCUCCUUCUGUGGAUACACAGACCUGCCGCUUUCCCCAACACACAAACCAGCCCCGUGCUUCGGAACCUGGUCUUCACGGCCCUCAGACCAGGUAUGGUCGGUCACACUGAUGUGACCAUCCACUGCCGACGCUCUGCCACCUCCCGGCUGUGGCUAUGCCAACCCUCGCUACCGCCUAAGUUUCUGCUCGCAGCCACACCGAGGGUGACGGCUGUUCCCAUGGAGCGCUACUGCGCCGACCGAAGUGCUGAGCACGAGUGGCGGGUGAUGCGCGCUGGAGGUGGAACAGUCUUUAAAGAAUGCUUCCUCUAUGGCACGCCAGACCUGGCAAUUGACUGGCGGCGAAGAGCUGGCGCUUUUUACCCGCAACAGCCCGGUGGCGUGAUGGGUGUUUUCCCUCAGCAUGGCUGGUCAUACAUUCGGAUACCAGAUAAGGAGAGUCUAAUCACGGAAAGUGGCAAACUUCACACCCUGGAUAUCCUGCUGAGUCGACUAAAGGCCCAGGGACACAGAGUCCUCAUCUAUUCCCAGAUGACCCGCAUGAUCGACCUGCUCGAGGAAUACAUGGUAUACCGCAAGCACACUUACAUGCGCCUUGACGGAUCUUCAAAGAUUUCCGAGCGCAGAGACAUGGUGGCAGAUUUCCAAAGUCGGACAGACAUCUUUGUCUUCCUGCUCAGUACCAGAGCCGGUGGACUCGGCAUUAACCUGACUGCCGCAGACACUGUCAUCUUCUACGACAGCGACUGGAACCCUACCGUUGACCAGCAGGCUAUGGACCGGGCCCACCGGCUGGGUCAAACCAAGCAGGUGACCGUGUAUCGACUCAUCUGUCAGGGGAGCAUCGAGGAGCGUAUCCUGCAGCGGGCCAAGGAGAAGAGCGAGAUCCAAAGGGUGGUAAUAUCUGGAGGUAACUUCAAACCUGAUACGCUUAAACCCAAAGAGGUGGUCAGCCUCCUGCUGGAUGAUGACGAGCUGGAGAAGAAACUGCGUCAGAGACAGGAGGAGAAGCGACAGCAGGAGGAGAGCAGCAAGGUGAAGGAGCGCAAAAGGAAGAGGGAGAAAUACGCUGAAAAAAAGAAGACGGAGGAAUCUGAGAGCAAGAAGAGGAAGGAGGCCAACUUAGUAUUAUUGCACGCGCCCUCAGCUGACAAUUCCAACUUGUCGGCGGAUGGGGACGACUCCUUCAUCAGCGUGGAGAUGGACUCCGCCAUGCCCAGCCCGUUUAGCGAGCCUGUGUGUAUGUCUCUGUGUGCUCCUUUCGGCCACCAGAUCUCGCUGAGCAGCGAGCUCCAGCCCGGGUCGCUGCCGCCGGACGCUGACGAGAGCAGCAACGACAUGCUAGUCAUCGUGGACGAGCCGCUGUCCUCUGCGCAGCAGUCGCGCGCCACCAACUCCCCCGCCUCUGUGUCGGGAUCUGUCUCGGACAACAUGAACGGCAUUUCAACAGACACCAUCAGUCCUGGGAGAGGGCGGUCCGGCAGGAGUAGAGGGCGCCCUAAAGGAUCUGGAGGCGGGCCCAAAUCUGGAGGUAAAGGGCGCGGGCGUAAGUCAACGGCGGGAAGCGCGGCAGCAAUGGCGGGGGCAAUGGCUGGUGCGGCGGCAGCCUCUGCAGCAGCGUAUGCCGCGUACGGAUACAGUGUUUCUAAAGCAGGCCUGUCCGUGUCAAACCCCCUGCAGCCUUCCGUGGGUCGUUCUGGCAGCAGCCCUGCCUUUAACCCCGCUAGAGGCUCCUCUCCGCAAACCAAGGGCAUAGGCGCAUCCACAGCUCCAUGCCCAGGCAAGCAGCUGCUUCAUGGCCAACAUAACCUUGUCAGGAAGAGCAAAUGACCACAGCGAUACACUCAUCGGAGUUCUGAGUGCACUCCCACUAUACUACUCAACUGACCUAGUCUCACUGUGAUCCUUGACCACACUCUACCCUGCCGUGCCUAAACCUUCAGCAGUAUAGUAUUUAUUUCAUGCUCAGACACACUGAUUAUGGUCACAAAUCACAAACCUUUCAGGCUUCUCUUUAAUGUGGUCUCCAGAUUACUCUGGAAUCCCAAGGGCUGUCCAAUACACUGAGCCACGCCUUCCUUAUACGUCAGCAACCCUCAUCCUUCCCUUCGGUUAUUUAAUGAGUCCCAUUUGCGGACCACCCUGCAUUUCAAUACUGACUCCUAUAAUUCUGCAGAUUUUUUACUUAAAGCACCUAUUUUUAUAUCCAUCAAGACAAACAGCAGAUCUUCACAAAUUUAGACACUCAAACCAGCAGUUUAAAAAAAAUAUAUUUUAUAGUCUAAUGUUCCAAAAUGAGGGUCUACUGACUAAUGUGAGAUGCUGCUAAUAGAAAACGAAUGAUUUCAAGGCGAAGAGUUAGUAGUUUAUUAAUUAAGUUAUUUUAGUUGAGAGUAGUCAAUUUGCCAUAACUGUGAAUAGGACAUUAAUUUGUAAAACUAUUGUACAUUAUAUCGAUUUCGUUAUAUACUGUAUAUACAUAACUGGAGGGUGCAGCUCAUGUGCUUGAAAAAGAUGGCUCAUUUAUUCUGUUGUGUGAGUGCCCAUCAUAGGGUAGUGUUAAAAAUGUGACAAGUAGUUGAUCCCCUCUAUCCUAUAAAUAUAUAUAUAACUGUACAUAAUGACGAGGGUGAGGUCAUCUCUGCCUCUCUACCAUAUUUGCACGUCUAUUUUUAUAGGUCACGUGUAUAAAUUAAAUGAACAAAUGUGUCUUGUUUUACUAACAAAGUGUUGCGUGGAAAUAAAAGUGCUAAAUCGGUCAUGUGUAUCAUGUGAGAAGGACUAUUACAAUGUUUGUUUAGAAGUGUAACAAGCUGAGGACUGCAAACUAUUAAUAUCAAUGGACACAUAAAAAUAUUUGAAAUAUGUGUGUAAAUAAGCACUUUUUGAGACCUUUAACAUGUUUUUUUGGAUUGUAGAU